AUGUCUACAGAAAUCUUGAUACAAUAUUGGUAUUUCACUUUAAUUGGUGUAUUUAUAUUAUAUCAAAUUAUAUCAUUUUUAAAUACCAAAUAUUUAAUGAAAAAAUUAAAUGCUAAAUCAUUUGCAAAUCUUAGAAGAGAUGGUUAUUUUGGUUUUAAAGCUGGUAUUAUGGGUAUGAAAGAAACUAAAAAUGGUACUUUAAUUGAAUUUAAUCAAAAGGUUUUUAAUGAAUCUGCACUUCCAGAAGUUGGAACUAUGAAGACUUUUAUAUUUGGUAUCCCUAUAGUUUUGACUAAAGAUCCAGAAAAUAUAAAAGCAAUUUUAAGUACUCAAUUUAAUGAUUUUUGUUUAGGUAGAAGAUUAGAAUAUUUUGGUCCUUUAUUAGGUAAAGGAAUUUUCACAUUGGACGGAUCUGGUUGGAAACAUUCAAGACAAAUGUUAAGACCUCAAUUUGCAAGAGAUCAAGUUGCUCAUGUUAAAGCAUUAGAACCACAUUUUCAAUUAUUGAAAAAACAUAUAAAUACAAAAGGUGCAAAACCUGGUGGUUAUUUUGAUUUACAAGAAUUAUUUUUUAGAUUUACUGUUGAUUCAGCAACUGAAUUUUUAUUUGGUACUUCUGUUGAAAGUUUAAAAGAUGAAUCAAUUGGUUUUAAUCAAGAUGACGUUAAUUUUGCAGGAAGAAAAGAAUUUGCAACUGCUUUUAAUCAAUCUCAAAUUUACUUAUCAUAUAGAGCAAUGUUGCAAAAAUUAUAUUGGAUAAUUAAUCCAAAAAAAUUUCAAGAUUGUAAUCUGAUUGUUCAUACAUUUAGUGAUUAUUAUAUUAAUAAAGUUUUAAAUGCAACUCCUGAAGAAAUUGAAAAACAAAGUGGUUAUGUAUUUUUAUAUGAAUUAGUUAAAGAAACUAGAGAUCCUCAAGUUUUAAAAGAUCAAGCUUUAAAUAUUUUAUUAGCUGGUAGAGAUACAACUGCUGGUUUAUUAUCAUUUGCUAUAUUUGAAUUAGCUCAACAUCCAGAAAUGUGGGAAAGAUUAAGAAAAGAAAUAUUAGGAGCUUUUGGAAAUGAUGUAAGUGAAAAAAUUACAUUUGAAUCAUUAAAGAAAUGUGAAUAUUUAAAAGCUGUUCUUAAUGAAACUUUAAGAAUGUAUCCAUCAGUUCCAAGAAAUACAAGAAUUGCAACUAAAGAUACUACAAUUCCAAGAGGUGGUGGUCCAGAUGGUAUGUCACCAGUAUUGGUUAGAAAAGGUCAAAAUGUUGUUUAUUUUAUAAAUACUACUCAUUUAGAUCCUGCUUAUUAUGGUAAAGAUGCUGAUCAAUUUAGACCAGAAAGAUGGUUUGAAGAAUCAACUAGAAAAUUAGGUUGGGCUUAUUUACCAUUUAAUGGAGGUCCAAGAAUUUGUUUAGGUCAACAAUUUGCAUUAACUGAAGCUUCAUAUGCUAUAACUAGAUUAGUUCAAUCAUAUUCAAAAGUACAUAUUAAACCAAAUUCACAAUCAUAUCCACCAAGGAAAAUGAUUCAUUUGACAAUGUGUUUAUUAGAUCCAUUAUUAGUUUCAUUUGAAGAAUAA